AUGCAGGUAGUGGAGAAAAUCCGCAGUGUUCCCCAGCGUUUCAGGCAGAUCGUGGUCGCGAUCACGAUGCUGCUUGACGUGUCGACGCUCACCGUCGCGGAUUUGACGGGUCGGCACAAGGCGGCGGAGGAUGCCUUCGAGGAACCACCGUCGGCUAUGCACCACGACGGCAAGCUGUACCUGACCGAGGAAGAGUGGGACGCACGGCGGAGGAAGCGUGAUGAUGAGAAAACUGGUGGUGGAGGUAGCAGCAGCGUGACGCACCGUGGCAGACAUGGGCGCGGGCGCGGGCGCGGCCGUGGCAGCGACAAGGGCUCGUCAUCAGGCGGCCUGACGGGCAACUCAGGCCGGCCCAGAGGUGAUGAGUGCAGGAGAUGCGGGAAGCUGGGCCACUGGGCCCGCGAGUGCCGCUCCAAGCCCAAGAAAGAGCAGGCCCACGUCGUCCAAAAUGAGGAGGAGGCCUCGCUCCUUCUCGUGAAGUCAACGACGGCCAUAUCGACGGCGCCGCCACCAACCUCCACUCCACCACGUUUUGCUAAGACUCCGCAGGCAGAGGAUCGGCUCCGGCGUGCAAGCCCACCGCCGCCGGGAGCAAAAGGGGUCCCCGUCAAUGGAGGGACCGCCAAAGAAGAGAAGAAGCCAGGCGCCCAGACCCAGAUCCAUCUGCGGGAAGAGAAGGUGUUCGCCCACCUUGAAGAGGAGGAGCUGCGUGAUGAGGAGGCGUGGGUCGUGGACGCGGGCGCCACGAACCACAUGUCGGGUUCCCGUACGGUUUUCACCGAGCUGGACACGAAGGUACUUGGGACGGUGCGGUUCGACGACGACUUGGUGGCGCGGAUUGAAGGCCGGGGGGCAAUCGCGUUCCUGUGCAAGAACGGCGAGCACCGGUCCUUCGCGGGGGUGUAUUACAUUCCCCGACUGACGACGAACAUCGUCAGCGUCGGCCAACUCGAUGAGGCCGGGUACCAUAUCGACAUCGAGAAGGGGGCGAUGAAGAUCCAUGAGCCAGGCGGACGGCUCCUGACAAAGGUCAUGCGCGGAGAGAACCGGCUGUACAUUCUCCACGCCAAGCUGGUUCGGCAGGUGUGCCUGGAGGCGCGGGCAGUUGAAGAAGCUUGGAAAUGGCACGCGCACCUCGGCCAUGUCAACAUGACCGCGCUGCGGAAGAUGGCUCGGGAGGAGCUGGUGCGCGGGUUGCCGGCAGUUGGUCAGGUGGACCAGCUGUGUGAGGCGUGUCUCGCUGGCAAGCAGAAGCGGUCACCGUUCCCCCAACAGGGAGAGUACCGGGCGCGGCGUGUUCUGGAGCUGGUGCACAGUGACCUCUGUGGUCCGAUUGCGCCGGAAACGCCAAACGGCAGCAAGUAUUUCCUGCUGCUCGUGGAUGAUCGAAGCCGGUACAUGUGGGUGGCCAUGCUGCCUUCAAAGGACCGUGCUGCGGUGGCCAUCAAGGAGAUCAAGGCUCGGGCAGAAGGCGAGUCAAGACUGAAGCUGGGAGCGCUUCGUACUGAUCGGGGUGGCGAAUUCACCUCACAUGAGUUCGCAGAGUAUUGCGCGGGAGAAGGUAUUCAUCGUCAACACACGGCGCCAUACAGCCCGUAG